AUGAAACAGCCUUUCAUAGAUUCUGUGGGUUUUACUCUUACCUUCAAGCAACCCGAAAAACAGAGGAAAUCACUCUAUAUCUCAACGGACACCGACAGCCAGAAAUCCAGUGCUUCAUCGAGUCUCGAGAACACCCUUUGUAAUCAUAUUGUUACUCAAGGCUUUCAGCGACUGUCGCCAACCAAGUGUACUAUCGCGCCGAGGGUUCCCAUUUGUGCAAAGGUUGACUUCGUUGUGGUUGUUCAUGUGCGGGCGGAAGAUGCUCUAUCGAGAACUAACUGGCGAAGUACGUACGGCGCCGGGCAAUUGAAAAGCCAGUUCAACUACACUAUUCUAUUUUCUGUGGGUAGGCCAAGCUUACCAAAUGAUCAGAGGAUUAUCGAGGAGGAGAGCGCUCUCUACGACGACGUUCUGCAGUUCGACUUUAACGAUAGCUAUCGUAAUAUAACAUUCAAGGUAAUUCUUUCGCAC